AUGAACACGCCAGCGGAAUCGAAGGUUUUCGCCCCCUACUCAUUCAAUAAGCCUAUCACAAACCGUCUCAUUGCUAGGAUUAUUGGAUGCGGUGCAGAAGCUGCUACCGAAUUUCAGCCUGGUGAUCUCAUUGUUGGCUACGGGGAGCUCCAGGAGUAUCUGACAGUUGAAAGCACCAAAAAGGCAUAUUUUCAAAAGUUGCCAGAGAAUCCGUUCAACCUAGACCGGGAGCUUUUUCUAGCAGCGCUGGGCCCGCCCGGUCUGGUCGCGUAUGCUUCGUUCUACAAGCUGUGUCAGCCACAGAAGGGCGAAACGAUACUAGUCUCGGGUGCCAGCGGAGCUGUUGGUCAAACAAUUGGACAGCUAGCAAUCCGGGAAGGGUUGAACGUGAUCGGUGUUGUUGGCAGCAAGGAGAAGGCCGAAAAGCUUCUAGAGCUAGGCUUCAGUAGCACGAUCAACUACAGGGAGCCAGAUCUAACGUUACGGCUGAACAAAAUCGCCCCUAAGGGGCUCGAUAUCUACUAUGAUAACGUCGGCGGGGAAGUCCUCGAGGCGGCGAUAGAGAACAUGGCAGACUCAGGUCGUAUAGUGGCAUGUGGGUUUGCAUCGCAGUACAGCACCACCUCGGACAAACAAUAUGGCAUCCGCAACACGGGCUUAAUGGUGGCCAAGAAUCUCAAGUGGCAAGGUUUUUCUACCACCCCAGGCUGCUGGGUUUUCGACUAUGCCGAGGAGCACCAGAAAAGUCUCCAGCAGUGGAUCCAUGACGGCUCUUUCAAACCUAUAUUGAGCGUAAACAAAGGACUCGAGAGCGCCCUUGAUAGCCUCGCUGACAUGCUGCGAGGAAAGCACAUGGGCAAAGUAGUGAUCGACUUAACAAGUGAUCCCUAA